GUUUCUUACAAAGGUGUGGAUCUGCUCUGGACCAACUUGCCUUGCUUUGAAGAUGGAUUUGUCUGCUUCCUCUAACACCUUGGAGUCCAAGUUCAAAAGGCUCUCGAUCAACUCCGGAACGCUGUUCUUGAAGCCUUUUUUUUACAACCAAAAGAACUUGUCCCAUGGCUUGCUUCCUCUAUCCAACAAUGAUGAUCGUGGGGCUACUCUAACGCCUCCAAUGUACUCAAAUUCAAGUGCUGUCAAAUCUUUCGACUAUCUUCAGGCAAACUCGAAUAAUUUUUCUAUUACUGCUCCAGUCACAAGAGCUUCCUCGCCGGCUCCACAGUCUUAUAGUUCUCGAACACACCACAAAGUUUACAACAACCCAACCCCAUAUUACAGCCAACACAUAGACCAGCCCCAGACUUUGCAGGUUCCUCAAAUUCAGUUCAACCAAGGGCUACGUCAAGUCAGCUCGACAAUUCCUGAUCCAGGUUCUCUACAAGACUACAUUCCUGACAGAUCUCUUUCUGUUCCGGCCUUCAGAUCGGAUUCUCAAUUAGAUUACAAGUAUAAGAGCUAUUUGACCUUUCAAAAUGCCUGUCCACCUCCUUCCGAAGUUCAUUUCAAAGUGGUCGAUCAAGGAAUAGCUUCCCCAAAGUAUAUGAGGUCUUCGAUGUACAAUCUACCUUCUUCAGAGAGAUUGAGAUCUGCUACCAGCUUACCUGUCGGUGUAUACUUAAGACCCUUUUGUCCUGCUGAAAAUGAUGGUGAUGAACCUAUACCUGAAAUUGAUUUAACUUUUAUUGGCGGGCCACCAAGAUGUCGUCGCUGUAGAUGCUAUAUUAAUCCUUCUAUGAUAUUUGUUAAUGACGGAAACAGAUUUAUUUGUAAUCUAUGUCAAUUUCCUAAUGACUGUCCCUCGGAUUAUUAUUCUCCCCUAGGUCCUGAUAGAAAAAGAAUUGACUACUUUCAAAGACCAGAAUUGACUAGAGGUAUAGUUGAUUUUAUUUUGCCUAAAGCUUAUAACUUAAACCCAGAACUUCCUCCAAACCCAAUUCACCACAUUUUUUUAAUUGACGUCUCAUACAAUUCAAUUCAUCUCGGAUUAAACAAAAUAGCUGCAGAAUCGAUCAGAUCAAUAUUAUACGAUGAUAAUUAUUGGCAAAACUUAUCUUGUGGCUCUAAAAUUGCGAUUGUCACAUUUGACAAAUCUAUUCACUUUUACAACUUGUCUCCUGAUUUAUCUGAACCUGAAAUCUCCAUAAUGGCUGAUAUUGACGACCCCUUUUUACCAAUAUAUAAUGGCUUUUUGGUCGACCCAAUUGAAUCAAGAUCAAUAAUUGAAGAAACUUUAGAUUCAAUAGAAACAAUUUUUGAUUCCAUCAACGAAUCCUAUUCUUGUUUUGGAUCUGCAUUGAAAGUGUGCCAACAGGCCUUAGACUCAUUAGUAGAAGGAGGCAAAAUAACUUGCAUUCUAUCUUCAAUGCCAAGUUGGGGCCCUGGAAGUUUAUCAAUACAAAAAUUUAUGACCGAGGGUAAAUCAUCUCUACUCUCAAACGCUUUAUCUGAUCAUGAAGCACAAAAGUUGAUUUUUAAACCGGAUUCUGCUUAUUAUGAAAAUCUAUUAAAGGACUUUUUAAAAUCAAAUGUAGGCUUGGAUUUAUUUGUUGUUUCAAAUUCAACAGUAGAUUUAGCCAAUGUCGCUCUAAUAACCUCUAAAACAGGCGGAAAUUUAAAAUAUUACCAGAAUUUUAACCCCGUUAAAGAUGAAAGACAGUUUAUCUCUGACUUUAAAAAAUCUCUUACUACUACAAUCGGUUAUCAGGGCCAACUAAAAGUUCGUUGUUCUAGUGGCUUACAAGUCAGAAAAUAUUAUGGAAACUCACAUAAAAGUUUCGAAUUUCCCUAUGAUCCAAUAGUCUCCACUCUCAGCUCUGACAUGACAUUUAAUGUAUUGUUUGAGUAUGAUGGCAAAUUGGAUACAAAAUAUGAUUCUCAUUUUCAAGCAGCUUUUCUUUAUACAUCAACAGAAGGUGUUCGAAAAGUUAGAGUUAUGAAUUUAUGUUUAGCUGUAACCGACAGAUUAGUUGACGUAUUUUCUUUUCUUGAUAUGGAGGUCUCUUUAGACAUAAUAAUCAGAGACUGUCUUGACCAUAUACCAGGUGACUCAUUAAAAUCUAUUAGAGAUACCGUUUUAACUAAAUUGGUUGAUGUCUUGGGAAAAUAUAAAGGAUUGGUAGCAAAGUCAUCUUCAUUACCAGGUCAGUUAGUCUUACCAGAUGGGCUAAAAUUAUUACCGAUUUAUUUAUUGGCAUUUCAAAAAUCUAGUCUAUGGAUAAAAAACACUUUGACCGAUAAUGAUUCCAAAGUUUACCAAUUUUUUAAUUUAAAUAAUUACCCAUUGGAUAAAUUAUUGUAUUAUCUUUAUCCCGCAAUAUUUCCUGUACAUAAACUACUUAGCGAUUUUGAAGGUGAAGUUGAAAGAGAUGAAAAUGGAAAGGAACUUUAUGAUGUUCCAGAUACUAUCAAUUGCUUAAAAUCUUCAAUUGAAGAUGGUGGAUGUUACUUGGCAUUUAACGGAGAAAAGUUAAUGCUAUGGAUUCAAAGAAACGCUGUUCCAUUAUUAAUUCAACAUUUAUUUGGAGAAAAAUAUAAUCUGUUAAAUGAUUUAGAUCCCCUUUCAAUCGAUGAAUUGCCAGAACUAGAAACAGAGUUGAAUAUCAAAACAAGAAAAUUAAUCAAAUAUUUGACUUCAAAGGCCAAUAUUGAUUUUUUACAAAUCAAUUUAAUUAGAGAUGGAAUUGAUAUUGGAAAACAACGUGAAUUUUUCUCAUAUUUUGUGGAAGACAGCGGUAUAGAUGAUUUGCUUAGCUAUACUGAUUUCUUGGGUCAUAUCCACAGAUCUAUAAAGGUGUAUUUAUCAGGUCAAGUAGGAACAUUAAAAAAUCCAGAAGUAGUUGAUGGUGGUCCCUUUUCAUUUGCUAAAAAAUUUAAAAUUUUUUAAAAAUGUAGUGC